ACCGAAUCAGAGUCGAUUCCAAACUUUUUUGGAAUAGGCGAACGCUUUGCUUUAACGCAUGCGCAUAGCACUCUCGGUACAGCGCAGCACGUGCGACGGCCAAGUCACAAAUGGACUCCUGAUGUAAACAUUGGCGCACUACAUAGGGGACAACAUAAGGGUGUUCAACCGCCUGUCUAGUGCUCUAGGUUUACAUAAAGAACCCGUUUGGGAUGCAGCCAUACAAAAAAGUGACAGAAGUUAGCAGUGGUUAAAUAGCAAGUUCUUUUAAAAGGCCAUGAGUUUAUUGGUUGUUAUUUAACUAGUUACUACUGUCCCACAGGGGGUUAUUAUUUGAUCCUAGAUAGUUAAACUGCCCCAGAGUAACAUGACCGGACCCGAGCUGCUGUUGGACUCCAGUAUCCGUGUGUGGGUCGUGUUGCCGAUUGUCUUUAUCACGUUUUUAGUUGGAGUUUUGCGGCAUUAUGUCACCAAACUCAUCCAGAGUGACAAGAAAGUGGAGCUGGAACAGGUGUCUGACAGCCAAGUAUUAAUGCGUAGCCGCAUACUGAGAGAGAACGGCAAGUACCUUCCCAAACAGUCCUUUGCCAUGCGUAAGCACUAUUUCAACAAUCCAGAAACAGGAUUCUUCAAGAAGGUCAAGAGAAAAGUGGUUCCUAAAAAUCCCAUGACUGAUACCAGCAUGAUGACUGACAUGAUGAAAGGAAAUCUCACCAACGUCUUGCCGAUGAUUUUAAUUGGUGGCUGGAUCAACUGGGCUUUCUCAGGAUUUGUCAUUACUAAGGUUCCCUUUCCACUGACUCUAAGGUUUAAGCCCAUGCUGCAGAGGGGGAUUGAACUGGUGUCACUGGAUGCAUCAUGGGUCAGUUCCGCCUCGUGGUACUUCCUCAAUGUGUUUGGCCUACGGAGCAUGUACUCCCUCAUACUCGGACAGGACAACGCUGCUGAUCAGUCAAGAAUUAUGCAGGAACAGAUGACUGGAGCAGCCAUGGCCAUGCCACCGGACCCCAACAAGGCCUUCAAGAGCGAAUGGGAGGCUCUGGAGAUCGUCGAACACAAGUGGGCUCUGGAGAACGUCGAAGAGGAACUCAUGUCUCAAGAUUUGAAUUUUCGAGGCCUUUUCAACCAGAAUCGAGAAGGAAAAAUCUUCUGAUUGGAGUUUCAGCACGGUUAUAAAUGCCCACUGAUUGAUGGUAGUUAAUGCACUGUCAUGAACACAAACCUCACUAGAUUUAGUAUCUUAACCACGUUACUAAUUAUUCCUUCUAUGCUGGAUAAUAAUUUUGGUUGAUUUGACUCCUUCGGAUAAAUCGUUAAACGUCAGAAAAGUGCCUCAUACUUUUAAAGGGGACCUUUUUAUCGUCUGCCUUUAAAUCGAAGCCAAAAAUGAAGUAAAGAUGAGAUUUUUAGUGUAGUCUCAUGUACGUUUGUUUAAAACCAGUGCGUCUUAAGUAUUUUUUGUGUACCGAUGGUGUGUUAAACCUCAGCUUCUAUGUCACCUUAAUUGGUGGAUUUUCUUUUUCAGUUACUAUUUUCGGUUUUAUUCUCUCCUCAGAAAAAAAAGGAUAUAGAGAUUGUUCUCUAAUGAGAAAUUGAACGUAGCAGAUAGGCCGAGUGUCACGUAAAAUGAACUUAAUAAACACUGCACAGCACUCUUUGGUGAUCUGGAAAUGAAUUUGUGUGUAGUUGUGUUUGAUGAGUAAGUGGGGAGACACAGCAGGCGCAUGCGGACCACCGCAUGCGUAUUUCCUGUGCCGAUGAAAAUGGAUAUAAAUCACAGCUUUGUCACAGAGGAAAAAACAUUUAUGUGUCACAGGUUUAUGAAUCGACAUGCAUACAAGCAACGUUUAAACAGUAGUUUUGAAUUAUAGGCUGUUUCGAUAUAGAAAUGUUUCUGAUAACGAAGCAUAUUUUACAGACGAAUAUUUGCAGGUGAUAAAACGUGAGCCGAGUGAAUAGCAGCAUGACGUUUACAAACCCAGUGCAUCAGCCUGAGGUUUGAGAUUUAAAGAACAGCAGCAGGGUUUCAGGAUACUGUGUUUUCCUUUAAGUGACAAAAAUGUUCAAGUUUUCCUUUUCUAGAUGAAAUGUUUCUAAGCCAAAUGUAAAUCGAGUUUGGAAUCACAAUGGAAAUGUAGAGCUUCCGAUAAAUAAAUGUUGAGAAGAUGGCAAAAAAAAACAAAACGUGUAAAGCUUUAUCAGAAAUAUUGUUUUAAAAUUUACGAUUCAUGACGAUUUAUUACAUAAUUCCAUGUGUUAUUUCCUGUUAUCGCACAGUGCUGAUGAAUAAAAGUUAGUAAAUUCUA